AUGUUGCGUUUUUGCCCUGAAAAGGAGGUUCAGUCUGCAAAUUUUACCAAGAAGCACAAAGUUCACCAUCAUUCUGAGGAUUCUGAGGAUGUCACUCUGGCUCGUAAGAACACUGUGGAAUUGAUGGAGUAUAUUGAGAAGGAAAAAUUAGGCGUAGGUAAGGAGGUGGAGAAGGUAGAAGAAGAAGAACUCGACUAUCGUGUAGUCGAGGAUGAAUCUCUUCAGGGUGAAAGUGUUGACGAAUCUGAAAAUGAUGAGUCCACUGGUAACGAGGAUUUGGAUCUUCUGAGUGAAGAUAACCACCAGGUAAGUAUGAAUGAGGAUGAGGACAUGGAGGACGACAAGAUUGUGUUUGCUGGAGCUCCCAAGAAGCUGGAUACCGUGCGUGGUUCUGCCUACUCCAAGUAUGCGUCUGCUGAGGUGGCUGUGAAUAUGAACAUUGACUCGCCUGAGGAGAUGUUGAAUUUGACCAAGUUGAAGGAUCUUGCUCAGCGCAAAAGAAUGGAGUUCAAUGCAAACCUGAAAGGUACUACUGGUGCUGGUGUAAAAGGUGAUAACAAGCUGGGUAACUCUGGUGGUGCUUCUUCUGGUACUGGUGCUUCUUCUGGUACUGGUGCUAAGGGUAACAAGUCUGGUGUUGCUUCUGGUGUUGCUUCCGGUGGUGUUUCUGGUGUUGUCAAGAAUAGCAAGACUAAUGGCCGUGCGCCUGUCAAGACUAAGCAAGACGCCCGUAGGGCUCAAUGA